GUUCAAUAAAUGUUGUUAGGUUUUUGUGAGACUACGAAAGUGAUCACAAUCUAAUAAUCACAGAGAGCAGCAAUGAUGAAGAUGGAAAUGGGCAUUUUAUUGCCGUGUGUGUGGACCACACUGGCACAGGAUUUAAUAUCACCAACAAUAGACAUCCUUGCCGAACUCAAAAAGAUUAAGACCAUGGAGGAAAAGUUAAAUGCUCUAAAUGAUGAAGUCAGGGAACUAAGAAGCAAGAAUGAAGAAAGGGCAAAAGUAGCCUUUUCAGCCUCACUGUCAUCUUCAGCGGGCGUCAAAUAUUUUGGGCCAUAUGCAGAAGCAAUCACUCUUGUGUACGAAAAUGUAUUAACUAACAUUGGAAAUGCUUAUGACACCAAUACAGGAGUCUUCACUGCACCAGUAAAAGGAGUUUAUUUCUUCAACUUUGUGGUCUUCAAUCCUCAUGACAUUUCAACCGGUGUUAAACUGUUAAAGAACGGCACUUUGGUGGUUGCAGCAUCAGAUAACCCUCCUGGGCAAGACACUGAAGACACUACAUGCAACUCAGUUAGUCUUAUUCUUGAACAAGGGGACCAGAUACGUCUUCAGCUCAUAGAGAACCGUCAUAUCUACACAGAUGCACUGAGACGCAACACCUUCAGCGGACACCUACUUUUUACUAUGUGAAGUUUCUGCCCAUGUAAAUUUCUAAAGGAUGUUAGUCCAAAUACAAUGUUUUAUUCAGAUGUAAAAAAAAUCAAUGCUUGGCAAGAAAAAAUACAAAUAAAAUCAAUCAAAA